ACUUGAUUGUGGCCGGGCUAGACCGUCUUAGGACGUGACUCACGGAUUGUGACCACACGUGAAUCGAAUCAAGGACGCGUCACCUCACCAUCGCUAUUUCCUGGACUAAACGCGUCUCUCGUUCCUUCCAACACAUUUCAGCCCAGCAUGUCGAUUAUGGAUCAAAACGGUGGCUCCGUCAUAGCCAUGGUCGGCAAAGACUGCGUUGCGAUUGCCUGUGACUUGCGACUCGGAAACCAGGCGCUAGGAAUAUCGUCCAACUUUGAGAAGAUGUUCCCAAUUACCGACCGCAUCUACCUUGGACUGCCGGGAUUAGCUACCGAUGUCUUGACGCUCAAGGAACGAUUCAGACUCCGAGUGAACAUGUACACUAUCAAAGAGGAGCGGGAAAUCGAACCGGAAACAUUCUCCAGGCUGGUUUCAUCAACGUUGUAUGAACAUCGCUUCGGACCCUACUUCUGCGAGCCUGUGAUCGCUGGUCUCCAAAAGACGCCGUCCGGGGAACUCAAACCAUUCAUCGCUGCUACCGACCUCAUCGGGUGCUUGAAUUUCGCCAAGGACUUCGUCCUGGCGGGGACGGCGAGUGACAAGUUGUUCGGUGUGGCCGAAUCGUUGUGGGAGCCAGAUCUUGAGCCAGAAGAUCUGUUCGAGACGAUAUCGCAGACGAUGAUGAACGCUGUCGACCGUGAUGCGUAUUCAGGAUGGGGUGUGAUGGUGCAUGUUAUAACGAAAGAUAAGAUCAUUAGCCGUACUCUGAAAGCUAGAAUGGACUAGCUACUCCA